AAAAAGUACACAGCAGAAGAAGCUAUCGGGGUUUUGUCUCAUUGUGGUUAUCAAGCUCAUUUUCAAUACGCGUUACCUUUUCUUUUUUAAAAUAAAAGGUGUCUGACUCGAGAUCAGGAUGUCGUACAUGCUCCCACAUCUCCACAACGGCUGGCAGGUGGACCAGGCCAUCCUGUCCGAAGAGGACCGGGUCCUCGUGAUCCGCUUCGGACACGACUGGGACCCGACGUGCAUGAAGAUGGACGAGGUUCUCUACAGCAUCGCGGAAAAGGUGAAGAACUUCGCAGUCAUCUACCUGGUGGACAUCACAGAAGUGCCCGACUUCAACAAGAUGUACGAGCUGUACGACCCCUGCACCGUCAUGUUCUUCUUCAGAAACAAACACAUCAUGAUUGAUUUGGGGACUGGAAACAACAACAAGAUCAACUGGACAAUGGAGGACAAGCAGGAGAUGAUAGACAUUGUAGAAACAGUGUACCGGGGAGCCAGAAAGGGCCGAGGGCUGGUGGUGUCUCCAAAGGACUAUUCUACAAAAUACAGAUAUUGAGGUUUUUAUUUUUUUAUAAUUUUUUCCGUAACUUUUUUUUGAGAUGUGUUUUUUCUGGAUUUUGUUGUGACAUGACACACAGACUACACGUUAGAGUCAUGGAAGAAUCUCUUUUAACAUUUUUGUUUUUUGCCAGUGAAACGGGACAAUAGUCUUAUUAAUGGCUGUGAUCGUGUUGCAUUGAGCCUUUUGUUUACACUGGUGUUAAAUUCAGUUUCAACAACAUGUUGUGUUUUUUCUCCAUUCUGAGAAACCGGUGCUCAAGGACCCAGGCACGGUGAAAGUCCCCAUACUUUAUUGUAAUAAACAUGGUUAUUUACAUAUUAAAGUCUAUUGAUGUGG